GAUGUCCUUGUUCGUAAUAGUUGGUAUCGAGAAGACCAACUCCUGCUUCAUUCUAUUCAUGUGUCAGUUUCUCCUGGAGUAUCCUUCUGCGUGGCCAACGCCACAACCUCUCGUGAAGCCUGGAUGGUGCUUGAACGCAUGUUUGUCAAUCCCUCUUGUUCUUGAGUUAUCUGUUUAAAAGUGAAACUUAAUAAAGAGGCCCAGGGUACCCGCUCUGUCUCUGUUUACCUGCAGGCCAUGAGGGCUACUGCUGCUGAAUUGGCUAUUAUCCAAGCCCCUGUCACUAAUGAAGAUAUGGUUCUUCACUGUCUACGUGGCCUACGUGAAGAGUUUGGUCCCAUUGCUGCUGCUUUCCGUGCUCGUGACACCACCAUCGCCUUGGAAGAUCUUCAUAAUCGUCUUGUUGAAUACGAGGCCGAUCUAGCCAAUGUUCGUGCCCAAGCGGUUGCUGCUCCCACAACGGCCUGCUCUACUUCUCAUGGUCUUCAUUCCCCACGUCGGCAAUCUCCCCGUAAAAGAGGCAGUCCUCGCCGUCAGCCGCCAACAGUCUCUUUCCAGUAUGACUUUUAUCCUCGUUGCCAGCCACCAGUAGUUUCCUAUCAGUGUGACUCCUAUUCUCAUGGACACCCUGGCUCUCAUAUUACUGCUGCCCCUCCAUCCCUCCUCGGCCGACCACAACUUCAAUGUCAAUUCUGUGACAAACCAGGGCAUACGGCGAAGGAUUGUUAUCGCAUUCGCGGCUGACCUCAAAUCCAUUACACCUCUGUGGAGUCUUCAUCCAAUGGCGGUUUGUUAGUUGAUUCAGCUGCUACUAAUCAUGUCACCCCAGAUUUAGGCAACCUCUCGCUCUACACAGAUUACAACGGGCCCGAAGAGGUCCUCGUCGGCGAUGGGUCAGGUUUGACGAUAACACAUAUUGGCACUUCCACCCUCCCUACUUCUGCCAAUCAUUUGUCUUUAAAUGAAGUUUUAUGUGUACCGGCUAUCAAACGUCGCCUGCUUUCUAUUGCCCAACUAUGCAAGGCUAAUCCUGUAUCAGUGGAUUUUUUCUGAUUUUUUUGUUGUGAAGGAUCUAGCCACGGGGGCACAACUGUUACGAGGACAGAAUAAGGACAAUGUCUAUGA